CAUUUCAAUUAAAUAUUUAUAACAUUUCUGCAAUUAUAGUUAAUGGUGAGGGCAACGUUGCUUUUAUUGCUUGUAUCAGGGUGGGUCUUGAUCUGUACUCCCUUGACGUUGGCAGGCAAACGAUUCUGCUGGGAGGUCACGGAGGAACCCAAGACCUCCCCAACCAAUGCCACGGCCACUGUCGAAAUUACCUCUCCCGAGAGCACGCCAUCACCGAAAAGCAAGCCCUCUCUUCCCAAGACCACGCCAUCCCCAAAAAUCAAACCCUUUCCCAAGAUCACACCCCCGUCCCCUAAAGACAGCAAAAAAAAUGACCCUUUCUCUAAAACUACGUCUCCGACCGAAAAGACUCCUUCCAAACCCACACCCUUUCCUGAACGUGAGCCCUCCCCCGAAACCAAGACUCCUUUUCCGCCUGUCCGUCCUGACACCAGUAAGAGUGGAGACGAGGAGCUAGAAAGAGCUAUCUGGGAGAUGAACCAGAGGAGAUGGCCUAAUCGCACAGUGCCAUUCGUAUUUCACCCAAAGCUGAAAAAGAAGCAAAUAGAACUAGUCAGCAUGGCGAUGGACAAGAUAAGAAACCUCACUUGUGUAGAUUUUACAGACUUGACAGGUCGUGUUACUAUAGACGACAAGCAGGAGCAAAAGGUGGUGGUUCAGAGCCUCUAUGCUGGAUGUUUCGCCACUCUGGGCUACAAUGCAAUGUUAAAGACGACUUCCAUCAAUUUAGAUCGCGGGUGUUUCUCGCCUUCCGGACAUGUUAUCCUGCACGAGCUGUCCCAUACUCUUGGUAUAGUACACACACAGAGCAGAUAUGAUCGCGAUAAAUACAUUACCGUUCACGUCGACAAAAUAGAGGCGGGAAAGGAGAGCCAGUUUGCCAUUAAUCGAAAGAUGUAUGGCAAGCUUUCACUGGUGGGCUUGCCAUAUGAUUUCAACAGCGUCAUGCACUACCCCACGAAUGCCUUUGCCAGGGACCCAAAAGAAAAUACUAUGACUUUGAAAAAGAGUUUCCCAGGUGAGGUGGGUUUUGCUAAACGUCUUACUCGGUCUGAUGUGGCCGCCAUUAAUCGCCUGUAUGACUGUAAGAACCAUUACCUAGGCGACGACAUCCCAGGAGCCAAGAGUUACAAAGAAUGGUACGAAACUUAUUUCGCAUGAGGUUCACCUCUUUCAUGCCAUGGUGAAGGUUGUCUUCAAUAAACUUCUGACUCGACCGUUUAGCGAAGAUUAACCGAGCCCAUCCUCCUUUCUUUCUUCUUUCUUUCUUUCUUUGUGAA